AAUCUCUCACAACAAACUUCUCAAGACAUAACAUUCCCUUUACCUACUUAACUUCUGUUAAUUCUUCGUAGAUAUGGAUAUCGUGAGAAGGUUGGUUGCGGACAGGCCAGUCGUGAUUUUUAGCAGGAGCACUUGUUGCAUGAGCCACUCCAUUAAAACACUUAUAUCUAGCUUUGGGGCAAAUCCUACAGUUUAUGAGCUAGAUCAAAUUCCAAACGGGAAGCAAAUUGAAAAGGCGUUAGUGCAGCAGCUAGGAUGUCAGCCAAGUGUACCAGCUGUUUUCAUAGGCCAAGAGUUUGUUGGUGGUGAUAAGCAAGUCAUGAGCUUACAAGUCAGGAAUGAGCUAGGCUCUUUGCUUAGGAAUGCAGGAGCUAUAUGGAUUUGAUCAGAUGGAAGUAUUACGUGAUAUUUACACAUGCAUUAGUUCGGUACUGUACUUCGCUGGUGCUGAAGAAGCAGAAUAAGUAGUCUUUUCUUCCUCCUUUUUUUUUUAAUCCAGUUUUCAUACGAUAAAUGUUGAUCAUCGGCCAAGGCGUCAGAUAUUUUGUAGAGCCUCUUGAUCCUUUUUGGCGGUCAGGAUUAACAUUAAACAUGUCCAGCUAUCAUCUCUAGCUAGUCUGUA